ACACGCUUUGUUUAGACCCCCAAAAUCCUUUCCACGCCCACCCCCGUGACAUCACGCUCCAAAGCCCUGUUACGUCACAGAACGUGGUGAUGUCAUAGUGACAGUCCUUUCAUCCUUUGAUGUUCAAGUCUAUAAAUAGAGGACAGCUGUCAAAGGGAAUUCAUUAAGCUAUCGUUUUGUUGGAGUGAUACAGCACAUAAAAAAGCAGAAAUGAGUUCGAAAGCUAACAAAGACAGAAAUGUUAAUUUCUCGAAAACAAUGGUUAAAAAAAGUGAAAAAGAAAAAGAAACAUAUGCCAGACAGUUCGAGCAAAGACUGCAGCCAAUGAUCGACGAGGUUGAAAAGCUCAAAACUGAGCUUGACUACUUCAAAAACCUGCAUACAGUCAAUAAGAAACGGAUCGAGGAUCUAACAAAAGAAAACAAUGAACUUUUGCAGAAUAAUAAGCUGCUGGGUUCGGUCUUGGAUGACAGGACAAACAUCGCAGACAGGUUGGACUCGAUAAAAGAUGACCACGAAGCUCUGGUAAAGUUCCGCGCAGAGACGGAGAAAACUCUGGCUGAGCUUAAAGAAAAACACGAGGACGAAGUCCAAGUCCUGCAAGGACUGCUGGAAACAGAGAAAGAAAAGGUGGCACGUCAGCAAUUUCACAACAGCCAAGUUGUUGAAUUAUUAUUGAAACGCCACAAAGAGGAAAAAAAUAAGAUGCAGCAGUUUUACCAGGAAAAUACUAAAAAACUGGAAAACAAAGCAAAUGCUGCAGACAGGAAGUUAGAAGAGGUGAUCAACAUGUAUGACUCCAAAAUAGAAAAGCUGCAGACGGCAGUAAAAAAUAGUAGAGGUGUGACCGUCAAUGCGGUUAAGGAACGCGAGGAAGAACGUCAAUCCUCGCAGGGUUGGAUUGACGGUGUUUUGUGGCAUAAUACACAGUUACAAGACGAAAAUGAAUUUAUGGUUAAAAACAUGAAAGAAUUAACAGAGGAGAAAGGUCAAAUGGGCAAAGUGAUAGACGACCAAAAGGCCCAGAAUAUGGCGAUCAAGCAGAAAUGCCAGAGUAAUAUUAGAGCUCUGGCCUUGGAAAAGAAAAUGAAGGCUAUGCUUGAAGACGAAGUUGAUUCUUUGAAAAAGAAAAUUGAAGACGUCAAAAAGGCCCUAAGCACAGAGCAGGAAAACCACAGAAAGACAGCAGUGGACCGGCACAAAGUAAAAGCGGCACACAAUCAGGCACUGGCUGAAAAGGUGGCGCUGGAAGAGAAACUGCGCUCCACAAAAAAGCAACGGGAAAGAUUUAUAUCCAAAGUGAAUUGGCUGGAGAAGAAAGAGCGCUACUUCCAAGAGGAAUUGUGCCAGUGCGUUUUGUCCUUUGAAAAGGCAUUUCCACAUGAAGGUCACUUGAGAGGAAAAGAAAAGGUGGAAUUUAGGGAUAUGUUCCACUACUUGAAAAAGAAAUACGUAGACGGAGUGGAAGGCACCCCCUUUGUUGGAACAACGAAGGAGUUUCUUGAAAAACAGCUGAACUGUCUACGUAUCAGAUGCAAGGAUCUAGAUGCAGCUUUACUAGAUAAAACACGGGAGCUGGAAUCAUUUAAAAAGCAGUACAAUGACAUGGUAAAGUCUUCCGAGUACGCUUUAUUCCGACAAAGAGAGGAGCUCAUUGGACCAGUGAACCAGAUUAUCCAAAAGGCUGCCAAUGAAGAAAAAGAGAUAGGUCAUCUAAAAUCUAGAGUGAAAGACGCUCAACUCCAGCUUAAAUUAGAAAAACAGAAAGGACAAAAGCUGGCAUCGUUGGACCAUAGAAGCAUGAUGGGGAGAUGUUCUGAGGAGACUCCGUCUCAGAUUAAUCCUCGUCCACUUCCAGGGAAAACUACAUUUAUUCAGGUACGUCCAAGACACCCUGGCAGAAGUGCAGGUAUGGCUUCCCCAGUGAAUCCUCCUGUAGAGUCUCCAUCAACACCACCUUUCCUCAAUUCUGAUGAUGGAUUACCACCAGUUGAUUGUUAAAAAUUAACUGCUAAAAUAGGCCAUUAGAAGUAUACUUCAUCUUGUCUCCCUAUAUCAUGGGUGGGCAUUCUCAGUCCACGAGGGCCGGUGUCCCUGCAGGUUUUAGAUCUCACCUUGGCUCAACA